AUGGCAUCGUCUCCCCAUGCCGUCAAGGUCGAGGGCCUCGACGAUCACGAUGACCUCUUUGCUGAUCUCGACGCUCCUGAUGUUCUUGGUGGUCUCGACGGCCCCGAGCCCAGCGGGCUCGAAGACACCACCAAGCAAGAUGAUGCAGAGCUCCAAAACAUUCUGAACAGCCUAGCGACCGAGGGAAACGUGACAGGACUGGAAGGUUUCGACAACAAGCAGAUCGAUCAGACCGACAAGGAUGCCAAUGCCAUCGAUUUCGAGGAUCUAAGUGACGAUGAUCUUGCCUCCGACGAAGACGUCGCUUCCCAGCCAGGCGCCGCCGCUGACAUCUCGCAAGUUCCCGGCCUCACCGAGGAUAGCGGCAUCAGCAACGAUGUCGACAUGGAAGGCGAUGCUGAUCUAGACGAUCUCUUUGGCGACCAGGAUGGCGGUAAUGUCGAUCUUCCCCCGUCGUCUCCUGAGAUCACACGCGAUGCACAGCCAGCAGCUCCCUCUUCGCCAGUUCAGGCUCGAAAGGAGCCCAUCACCGCCGCCAACGUCACCGACGAUGAGUGGAACACCAUGUCCUGGGAAGAAAGGUUCAAACUCAACUUCCCACAGCAGGAACCCAACAGCGUCAGCGCCUGGGUUACCGACCAGACUCAGCAUCAAGACCCGUCCGUCCCUGUGCCCCCGCAAAACAUCGAUGAGCUUCUGAAGCACAAGUUCCCGUCCUUCGAAGAGCACAAGGUCCUGGACUUUAGAGAGCUCUUCCCAGAGUGGCCAGCAGAAUAUCUCUACAAGGAGCCUCCCAAGAGUCCGGCACCACUAGUGCCCACCAAGCUGGAAUUGGAGAUUGAUGUUGAUACUUCCAAGCUCUUCAGGAUUCCCGACACUGCCCUUGCCGCCACUGCAGCAUCUAAGAGAUCUCAGCAACAGCAAUUCGGAGACCUCCCUCAGUGGAGCAACCUCACCGGUCCAACGUUGAUAGAUCUUGAUGAUGCCCUUUCCGAUUCCGACGACGAAGACGAACUUGUGGGCGGGUACACCAUGACCGAAAUUGCAACUAUCUGCGAGGACUGGGAGAACAUCAAUGAGGCUCCGACCUCGCUACAGCUCAACGGUCAGCUCACACCACCUGCUGAGGAGGACGAACCCAUGGACGAUUGGGAGCGAGAGUUUCUUGGAGACCGACGCCCGCAACCCAAGAAAAAGCGAAAGUACGAACCUGGUUUGCCCAGUCUGGCCUCCUAUCAAUCAGCCGGUAUCUCGAAUUUCAUGGAGGCUACCAAGAGAGCGGCACACUGCAUCCAGCUUGACCAAAAUGACCCUUAUCUGCUCAUUGAAGACAUGCAAAUGGAGAGGCCUGUGAAGAAGGCACGAACAGAAGAAAAGACAAGGCGCAUGGCCAACGGGCAGCUGGGUCGUGACGUUAUGCAUCGUUUUAACCACUCCAACGAUGCUGCAUACGAGGCCCUGAAGGCGAACCACAAGAGCAAAGUCCGAGCUACGUUAUCGAACCUGGACGUCGAGCACAGUUUGCCUGCGCAGAAGUUGGCCUUUCCAUUUUAUCGAACCAAGCUUAAUGUCGAAUUCUGGGAGCAUCAUCGACCCAAGUUCGACAUCGCCAGCUACAUCAAGUAUCAAGUCAAGUUUAAGAAGCCGGCAAAGGUCAAGCGCAAGGAACUCAAGGGUAAGCCUGUUCCAGACGUAUACAAGUCAAGCAGGGAUCUUAGUCUGAAUGACAAUUCCAACAUCGUUCUCUUCGAGUACUGUGAGCAAUCUCCGAUUCUACUGAACAAGUUUGGAAUGGGCAGUCGUAUCAUCAAUUACACUCGUCGUCACGAAGGCGAGGAGGAACCUGACAAACUUCCCAAGGCGGAGCUCGGAGAAACACAGACGCUUCUGCCAGAGGACAAAUCACCCUUCUCCAUCUUCGGCACUGUCGACAUUGGUGAGGUCGUGCCCACUCUUCACAAUGCUUUGUACCGGGCGCCCGUAUUCAAACAUGAACAACGCAGCAACGAUUUUAUUCUCGGGUUUACCAUCACUGCCAAGGAUGCGCCGCACUACUAUCUGAGAAAGGCUUAUAGCCUGCAAGUCGUCGGUCAACAGAACGUCUUCCAAGAAGUCCCAGGUCCUCAUGCUAGAAUGAUAACCAGUACCAACAAGAAGCGGAUGAGAGCAAUUUGUGAUCGCAUGGCCCGCCACAGACCAACGCAGGAUAUCGACAUCAGAGAAGUGACUGCGCAUGUGUUUGACAAGGUGGAUCCUCAAAACAGGUACCAGCCCAGAGAUGACGGUUCUGUUGGCAGAAUUGACCCCAAUGACAGACAGAAGAUGAAAGAGUUCUACGUCUACGAUAAGGAGUCGAAGACGUGGAAAUACAAAGAAGGCGAUGCCCCGAUGGACGAGCGAACCAUUCGCCAGCAGAUCAAGCCAGAGGAUGUUGUUCUCAUUGAGGCGACCCAAGUGGGCUCAGCUACACUUCAGAAUGCGGGAUACGAUCCCAAAGCACCAAGUUUCGCUGACGAAGACGACGAGUUAGGUACUGACACUCCUCUUGUUGCAAAGCUAGCUCCUUGGGAGCUUACCAAGAACUUCCUCGAUGCCUGCCAAAGCAAAGCGAUGGUCGCCCUCCAUGGUGAAGGAGAUCCUACUGGCCAUGGUCUUGGUUUCAGUUUCAUCAAGACGUCUAUGAAGGGAGGUUACAUUAAUGCAGUGCAAGGUCCUCUCGCCACAAGUGCUGAUGCUAUUGAGCGUGAGCGCAAGGCGAACGGCGGGCACUCAUACAACGUCAAGAAGCAAAACGAGAUGUACACCGCAGCCAUCAAUGAGAUCUGGGAAAGACAGAAGCAGACUUUGUCUGACCCCACAACUCAUGAAGAUUCAGAUGUCCUUGACACCACCAAUGAGGAUGACAGAUUCAACCCAACGAAAUCCGCAGAUCACACCUCGGCUCCCCCGAUGAUGGACGAUGGACGCAGUCAAUUGAGUCGCUUCAGCCAAAGCAGCCGAUCUGGACGGCGCAAGUUGAAGAUUACACGUAAAAGGCGGGCUGAAGAUGGUACUAUCCAGGACGAAACUGUGAUAAUCGACGACCCCCAGAUCAUCCGAAGUUACAUCAAGCAACGACGUGAGAUCGAUGUCGCUAAGAAAGACAUCGAGCAAGAACUGCAGCGCCUUGAAAAGAAUGCCGAUCGACGCCAAGUGCGCGAGAAGCAGGGUAAAGGCAAGCGAAAGAAGAAGGACACCAACGCAGGUUCUCCGGGUCCGUCUGAUUCUGUCGAUAAGGCGGCAGGAGGCACGACGCGAAAAUGUGCAAACUGUGGGCAAAUUGGUCAUAUUAAGACAAACAAGAGCAAAUGUCCACUGCUUAAUGGCACGAUCUCGACAGACAACAACGCUGCCGAUCUUGGAGGCUUCGGGUCCUUCAGCGCACCUGGCAUGUCCGCCGAUUCUAGCUAG